AUGGCUCGUUUCAGCUUAUCCUUCCUUGCUCUCUGCUUCUUCCUGGCCCUCAUGGCCUCGGCCUUGCCCGCCAAGCGUGGUGACGACGAUUUGGACGCCGGUGAUGCCGUAGCAGCCGCUCUCAACGCUCUCAAGGCCUUUGAGAAUGUAAAGGAGGAGAAGAACGACAAUAACGACAUCCCCGAUAAGCCCUCGGCUGCUCAUGGAGCCAAUGUGAAGGAGGGAACCACCACGCCGCAGCCCAUCCCAUCGGGCACUCGCACCACGGUGCAGACCCCCGCCGCUGCCAGUAGCUCUGCUGCUGCUGCUCCGAAGAAGAAGAAGCAGAGCAGCACAAACAUGCUCUCGCACAUUCCCAUCAUUGGAGGUGUGUUGGGAGGUGGUGAGGGUCUGGGAAGCCUUCUGCCAACUCGGUAG